CCUUCUCCUUUCCAUCUCACCUUGCUCCACGUCGUUACUACAUUCGCUCAAGAACAUCAGCGACGCCUACGCCUACUUAGCGCCGAAAGAACCACUCGAGAGAUGUCAAACAAGGAUGUGAGUUGGUGUUGAGCGCCGUGUCAGAGAGGAAGGGGGUCUCGAAGGAAGCUGUGUAGCAGAGGUGGCGGACCCACAGCUGGCCGAUAAAGAAGCGUCGCCAUGCUGCGAGGUAGCUGCUAUUGCCGGUCUGUCGUAGCUUGACACAGGGGGCAUGGGGGCAUGGCUGCUUUUCGUCUUGAUAGCUAUCGAGACUGACCACUUGAUCCCCUCCUCAUCUCGCUUCUCUCGCAGUACUACGGCGGCGGCGGCGGGCAGCAGGGUGGUUACCCUCAGCAGGGUGGCUACGGCGGCUACCCCCAGCAGGGCGGUGGAUACCCACAGCAGGGCUACGGAGCUCCUCAGCAAGGCGGCUACUAUCCCCCGCCGCCUCAGCAAGCCUAUGGAGGACAGCAGCCUGGCUACUACCCUCAGCCGCAAGCGCAGCCUGUCUACGUCCAGCAACAGGGUCAGAAGAAGGGAGGCAUGGGUGCGGGAGCAGGCUGCUGCGCCUGUCUCGCAGGAAUGUGUGUCUGCUGCUGUGCUGAGGAGAUGUGUCUAGACUGUAUGUUCUAAGGCUUCUUCGUGCUGCAGACCCUUUCUAGGAUUUCAUUCGAAUGUGCUUGUAACUAUUCCCGUAUGCCCCAAUCCUCCCCUGUCCGUAAUGGCCGAUUCUCAUUCUGACGCGCUACCGU